CACAGCACACAGUUGAAGUUCAGAAUGGCUCGUAACGUGGCAGUGACCUCCCUCCUCGUGGCUCUGUGCUUCGUAGCAGCAGUUGCUGGACACAGAAGCUACGGUUCUGGCGGACACAGACCUCUUGGUGUCCACAGCAGUGUCCAUUCAUCUGCUGGUAUCCACGGAGGUAGCGCUCAUGGCGUAGGACUCGUAGGCUCUGGCAUCCAUGGCGCAGGUCUCGUAGGCUCUGGCAUCCAUGGCGCAGGUCUCGUAGGCUCUGGCAUCCAUGGCGCAGGUCUCGUAGGCUCUGGCAUCCACGGCGCUGGAUCCUUCAACACCGCUCAUUACCCUGGUCUUGUGCCUGGUUACAGCUUCUACGACCAAAGACCCGUGCUCGGAUACAACAAGUGCAAGUACUGGUGCAAGAGUAAUUAUACCAACAAGUACUACUGCUGCCAACGACCUUACCAAGGAUAGACAGAAUUCUUCACCGAAAAGUAUUAACUUGUGAUUUAUAACCAUAAAAGGAUUUAUAGUUCCUCAAGAAUAAAAGUUAUCUUUAAAA